AUGCGAGAAUUGAUGAAGGUUAUUGAGACUUAUGAGUCUUGUUCCGGGCAGCAAGUGAGUAAGGAGAAGACGGCAAUAUAUUUUGCGAAGCAAUUCUCUGUAAGGCGGAAGAGGGAUUUGAUGAAUAUCACUGGUUUUAUAGAAGGUAAUUUUCCUUUUACCUACCUUGGUGCACCAAUUGUUACUGGAAGGCUUACAAAUUUACAUUUGGAUGUUAUUCUUAAUCGGUUGCCAAAAGCAGUUUUGAAAAUUCUAAACAGGCUGCUUAGUUCAUUUUUUGGGGGUGAAAAAGAUGGUAAGGGGAAAAAGAAAUGGGUGGGAUGGAAGUCGAUGUGUAAGCCGACUGAAGAGGGGGGAAUUGGGCUGCGUGAUUUUGAUGAGGUACAGUAUUCUUUACACAUGAAUUUGCAUGGAAAAUUAUGA